CCAGGAAAAUGGGGGAUCGGUGGUUUCCGGUGGAAGAAGUCGAGGAGGUUCAUUCCGAGCAAGAUAUCUCACAUUUUCCCUCGGCUUCUUCAGUAUAUCGUUUGUGCUUUGUUCUCUUCGGUGAUCCGCGACGAGAGUUGUUUAGAGAGGCGCGAUAGAGAAAGAGAGAGAGAGGAUUCGCGGCGCACGACGUCUGAGAUUCCGAUACUCGGACGGGUGCAGCCUGUCGUACGCCGCCCUGGAGGAAACGAUUGAGUGUCCGGACACGGCUCUCGUGCACGUUAAUUCUGCGGGUGACGCCGGCCGCCUUGGAGAGCCUCGGAGUGUCGAGAUCUCCUGAGGCCCCUAAGGGCAGAGUAACGCGUGAUCAAGUCCUUUCCUGUUCUCUUUCUUUCCAUAGGCCCAAAAGAUAUUCUUUCAGGUUGAAAGUUCGUUCGCUAUAGUUUAGUGCAGUACAAAAAAAGAAACGGUUCGUGGUUUAUCGGUACUUUCUUAGUUUGUGUUGUGUUCAAGUUGAAAGUUUAACACUUUAAAAAGUUCCGCGCAAGAAAAAACCCGACAAAAAAACAGUAUGUAUCGUAACAUGUGAUAAACAAAGUUCUCAAAGUUUAAAUAUAAAUAAAGUAUAAAAGUUUUGAUAUAAAAAGAAAAGUUGUCAAAAGUUGUGACAUAAAAAAAAGUAUGUUCGACACAAUAUGGAUCGCGCGCGUUGUGCUAUCAAGAGCGAAUACUUCACAGGCUCUGAUUGACACAGGGUGAAAUUUCGACUAUGUCGGACUCUGGUACAGAUAGCACUUCCUCGGAGGGAUAUGACGGAGAUAGGAAUCGACUUACUAUCACGGAUGAGGUGACAUCGUCGCGCUAUUCGCAUCAUUCCUCGGGAUCCGAACGACGAAAGUCUGCGAGUUCUAUCAUCUCCGAGGUACAGUCACCUCCUGGAUCGCCAUUGUCGGGUGCAGAAUCGAAAUCACCAAGAUCCACACCGUUAUCGCCGAAAUCGGUACAAUCUGGGAUACUGUCACCUAGCGAGGAGGGUUCUUUAAGAUCGUUGCGUAGUUUAUCGAAAUCUCCACCGCCAAUGUCACCGUCACCCAUGUCGCCGACAUAUCACCAACCCUCGUCGCCAACAUAUCGUCCAUACGAGUCACCGAACUCUCAUCAUUCGGGACCCAACUCUAUCGAGUCACUUCGAUCGAAUCGUAGCUCGUCUCGAUCUCCUAUACAGGACAACGGAUCGUGUCUUUCUCCUCCGAAUGAUUCCAAGUCUAUGCGCUUUGAAGACGCCGAAUCGAAAGCGUCUGAUCUCGAAGUAGAUGCGCAGAGAUCCGCCGAUAAUUCGUUAAAAUCGUAUUCGUACAAAAAUAGCGAGUCCAGACAAAGUUCACCAAAAUCGCCCAGAUCGGGUCCUAGUUCUGUCAAGUCCUUGAUGUCGCCGAGGAGUUCACCAAAGUCAUUCAAAUCUGGUCCAGCGUCUCCUAUGGAUGAUCAAGAAUCGGAUAAACAUUCGCCAAUGCAUUCAGGUCCUCGUUCUCCCGAGGAAGAAGACGAAGAUAAGAAUGGUUCAUUUAACGAAUUGGACGGCGAACAAAUCUCGGAUGGGGAUAUCGAGGACGAACCAGAACCCAUGUCUAAAUCUAAACCUGCACCUAUUACUCAUGGCGAGGAUUUAUCGGAUGUGUCGGAUCUUGAAAGUAUGGAUGGUCCUGAAGAACCUACGGAACAGAACAUAGAAAUAGAUAAGCCUCAAGAACAGGAUGUGAAACAAGAAAUUGUUAAGGAGGAAGAAAAUACAGAGAAAGAAGAUAAAACUGCACCGGUUGGUUUGACAGAGGAAAGUGAACAAUUAGACUUUGAAGCCGAUGGUCAAUGGAAAGAUGAACGUGACGAAGGUGAAACUGAAGCACCAGGUACAAAAGAAAUUAAAGAGAAUACAGAUAAAGAUAAAGACAAGGACAAAGCGAAGCCAAAGGAAUCCAGUGAAAUGAAUGAUAAGGAAGAGGGCGAGGAAGAAGGUGAGAAAGAAGAAUCUGAAUUGGAGGAAGGAGAACUUAGCGAUGGGGAUGACGCACGACCAGAAGAAACUGAGCCUAGACCAGUGUGUCGUUUUUAUAAUCGCGGACAGUGUACGUGGGGUGUUAGUUGUAGAUUUUUGCAUCCAGGAGUGACGGAUAAAGGUAACUACACUAUGUUCGAUAUGGUGAGGCCUAUGGCAUAUCCGCCACACGCCGCCGCCGCGCCACAUGAAUUUAGGCCGCACAUCGACAGACCGAAUAUUCGGUCCUUACCUGGUUAUGGUGCUCCUGCCCAUCCACCUAAAGUGGAAGAAACGCCAACUGAAUCGGCCUGGGAGCGUGGCCUGCGCCAUGCUAAGGAAAUGAUGCGUAAAGCGAAUAAACGGAAGGAAUCAGACAUGGAUUUUGAAGAGAAAAAAAUGAACUUGAGUUUAGGGCAGGAUGAAUUAGAUCGAGAAGCUGGAUAUUACGUGAGAGCUGCUAGUCCCGAGCCACCAGUUGAAAGAUGGCCACAACGCGAAGUAUCACAACGCAGAGUGCCAGCCAGACCUACGCCAGACAGAUAUGUCGAGGAACCUGAGGGAGGAUAUUAUCCUCCACCUGUAUCAUCCGAUUAUUAUAGGAGAGUGCACUAUAAAGAUUCUCGUGAAUAUCGAGAUCGUCUCGAUUAUCACGCGAUUCCACGCGGUGCGCCAUCGGUUUCUCCGCCACCGCAUCCUCGCGAUCGAGAAAGGGAACGAGAUCGAGAACGCGAGAGAGAGCGAGAUUAUUACGAGAAGUAUGAGAAGAAACAUAAGCGGCCAUCGCGGGAAGUUAUCGUCGAACGUAUCCCGCCGACGAAACCAUGGCGGGAAGAGGAACCACCACCUGUCGAAAGAGGCCGGGGCGACGAAUGGGCGGAUCCGUGGAUGCGACGCAAGUCUCCGAGCACUGUGCGUCGUAACACGUCAUCACGUAGAUCUCGUCGGCAAUCGUACUCUUCGGGCUCUUCUUAUUCCUCGACAAGUUCUAGCCGUAGCUCGAGCCGUUCUAGCUACAGUUCUUACGACUCCCUAUCCAGGUCCCGUUCACCAUCACCUUCCGCUAGAACCCGUUCCACUGGCAAAAGCAAAACUGUUAUCACAUCACCACCCGCCAAUCCUUCAGCCGUUACCGCAGCUGCACCUCGAGGCGCCAUGCUAAUGAAUCCUCCUGCUCCAUCUCCUCGUCCACCCAAAGGCUCUAUCUCUCCUACAACGGGUACUCUACAUAGACGAGCUGGAUUGAAUCCACCUGCUCCAAGUCCAGUCUCCUCACAUCAGCGUCAUCAUGAAAAAGCUAGAGAGCAAAAAGCUGCUAUAGCUGCAGCUGCCGUGGCCAAAAUCAUUAAAAGUCGCUCCAGAUCUAGACAAAGAGAAAGAGAUCGGAGAAAAGCACAUUCUAAAUCGUUUCACAGUAGUUCUGGAUCGGAGAGCAGCGGAAGCAGCAGCGAUUCUAGCGAAUCGAGUUACUCCUCGUCCUCCAGCGAGGCGCGUAGAAGGAAAGGCUCGACACCGCCGAUAACACGUAAAGAUUCCAAGGGCAUGGACGCUCUGAAGUUGAGCGGCGCGAAGCAACAAAUUAAACUCACGCUGAAACCUACAAGCAACGCUACAGCGGUGAAAAAGAUCGACCGUAGUGCACUUGUGGCAGGUAAAAAACGGUCUCUCGAGUCACCGCCGUUGAUUGACAGCAAGGCACAAGUAGCCGCGGCUGCGGCCAAGGCUGCUAAAAAGGUCAGCUCGCGUCGCGAGGAAUUGUUAAAGCAAUUGAAAGCCGUAGAAGACGCGAUUGCUCGUAAAAGAUCAAAGGUUUAAAAAAAAAGAGAAAUUGAUUGACGAAUCUUCAGAUAUAAAUACGUAUGUAUUAAACGUUUUCUAGACACAUCGUGUAAUUAGUAUCACUGUCAUUAUCAUCAUCAUCAUUAUCAUCAUCAUUAUCAUUAUCAUCAUCAGCGCAGAAUAACGAGAUACGCAAAGUGUGUUAGAUUAUGAUGAUAUAUGUUCUCAUUUUUACAAAAAAUAUACAGAAUUAAACUCUUCA